UUGGUCCCAGCAAGUGAGCAAACCCCCAUAUUCUCUACUCUCUAUCAUUCAUUUUCCUCAGCUCAAUUAGAGUAGUAGUCAGUCUGAACAAGAAGAAGAAGAAGAAAAAAAAAUGGCAUUUGCAGGAACAACCCAGAAGUGCAUGGCUUGUGACAAAACCGUGUAUCUGGUGGAUAAGCUCACAGCUGAUAACAGAAUCUUCCACAAAGCCUGCUUCAGAUGCCACCACUGCAAAGGAACCCUCAAGCUCAGCAACUACAACUCUUUUGAGGGAGUACUUUACUGCAGGCCACACUUUGACCAAAUCUUCAAAAGAACCGGCAGUCUUGACAAAAGCUUUGAAGGCACACCAAAAAUUGUAAAACCAGAGAGACCUGAUAAUGAGAAACCUGGCGCGGCUAAAGCUUCAAGUAUGUUUGGAGGAACCAGAGAGAAAUGCUUUGGUUGCAAGAAUACUGUUUAUCCAACAGAAAAGGUCUCGGUGAAUGGUACUCCCUACCACAAGAUGUGCUUCAAAUGCACACAUGGAGGGUGUACAAUCAGCCCAUCCAACUACAUUGCGCACGAGGGCCGCCUCUACUGCAAGCACCACCACAUUCAACUGAUCAGGGAGAAAGGAAACUUGAGCCAGCUCGAGGGUGGUGGUGACCAUGAGAAGGCCACACAAGUUGCUGCUGAAAUAUGAAUCGAAACAAAGAAUGGAUGAUAAACAGUAGUGAUCCCUUUUUUCUCUGCCCUCUAUCAUGGAGAUGUCCCUCAUACUUUACCAUUUCUUUGCAAUCUAAAUUGGUGGAAUCCUAUAUAGAAUUCAAGCGUGCUGUUCAUUUAUUGUUUUUGGGUUUUGCUGUGAGGUUAUGAAGCAUUUUCUCAGAUGAGAUGCAGAAUGAGGCUUAUUUGUACUCUCUAUAUUGUUCCUACUGAAAUUCAAUAUAUGUUGAGAGCUCCGGACACAGGAGCAUUUCAUAAA